AAGUGUUCGAAGUGAGAAUCUGUUACUAGAGCAAAGGGCGAACUCAUCGGACUGUCUCGAGUUGAUUUAAAUGUUACGUUUAUAAAUAAAUUGUAGCCUUUCGCUUUGCUGUUUCCAGCGCAGAUCAAAUACACAGCUCAGCAUGUUGCAGAAUACAGGGAGACUGGCAGGAUGUACCCUCUUCAUUACCGGGGCGAGUCGAGGGAUAGGCAAGGCCAUUGCUCUCAAAGCUGCGAAGGACGGUGCCAAUGUGGUCAUCGCUGCCAAAACCGCAGAAGCUCACCCUAAACUGCCUGGAACCAUCUACACAGCCGCUGCUGAAAUCGAAGCUGCGGGAGGGAAAGCGCUGCCAUGCGUAGUGGAUGUUCGGGAUGAGAAUCAGAUAAAUGACGCUGUGCAACAAGCGGUUGAGAAAUUUGGAGGGAUUGACAUCUUGGUAAACAACGCCAGUGCCAUCAAUUUAACAGGAACUUUGGAAACUCCAAUGAAGAAAGUCGACCUGAUGCUGGGCAUUAAUCUCAGAGGAACAUACCUGACAUCUAAAUUAUGCAUCCCACAUCUUCUGAAGAGCAAGAACCCUCAUAUCCUUAACCUCAGUCCACCUCUCAACCUCAAUCCCAUGUGGUUCAAAAAUCACACAGCUUACACAAUUGCGAAGUAUGGCAUGUCCAUGUGUGUGCUUGGAAUGGCGCAGGAGUACAAAGGAUCUAUCGCCGUCAACGCCUUAUGGCCUAGGACAGCCAUUCAGACAGCAGCCAUGGACAUGUUGGGUGGCUCCGGAGUGGGUAAACAGUGCAGGAAGGUGGAGAUCAUGGCUGAUGCUGCCUACGCCAUCUUCAGCAAACCCACCAGCUUCACAGGGCAGUUUGUCAUUGAUGACGACAUUCUGAAAAAGGAGGGCAUUAAAGAUUUUGAUGUAUAUGCCGUUGAACCAGGUCAUCCAUUGCUUCCUGACUUUUUCUUGGAUGAGAACCCAGAGGAGUUAGUCAAGCAAAUGGAGGAACAUGGUGCCACUCCAGUUUUUAAGAGUGGGAAAUCUAGUGCCGAUUCAGCCGCUGCUGGACCCAUUGCUGAUACAUUCAACGUUAUUAAAGGGAUUCUGAAUGCAGAUUUAGUCAAAACUACACAGGGAGUGUACAAAUUUGACUUAGCAGGUGAGCAUGCUGGAGUCUGGUACCUUGAUCUAAAGAAUGAUGCAGGGUCUGCUGGCAGUGGGGAACCACCUGUCAAAGCUGAUGUUGUCAUGACCAUGGACAGCGCAGACUUCAUAAAGAUGUUCUCAGGGAAAUUAAAGCCGACCAUGGCCUUCAUGUCUGGAAAGCUGAAGAUUAAGGGCGACAUGGGUCUGGCCAUCAAAAUGGAGAAGAUGAUGGCUAUGAUGAAGUCUAAGCUGUGAUAUGGUCAUCCAGUCUCUUGCCUUACAUCACAUACAUGAUCUUUCAGUGUGUCAGUUUGCUUUUUCUAUAUCACUGUUUUCACUGCACCAUUUGUUAAGCUGCUACUAAUUGUAAUAAAUGAUUUUCCUCUAAAAUUCUUUUCUUAACGUUGUUACAACUGUUUGCCUUUUUAGUAAAGAUAAACACUAGGAUGAGUAAUACAUUACAAAAUUGAUAAUGGCAGCCAUACUUUCCAGUUGAAUAUCAUAUAGUUUAAGAGCACCAAUUAUUAAAUUCACAAUUUCCUUUGGUGUGUAAGUGUGUACAUGUUAACAAUAUGCAAAAGGUACAUACCCCAAAGUAAACGAUAACACAAGUUAUUGUCUUCAAUGUAAAUCUCUUCUUUUGGACUACAACAAACACACGAAUUGUAGGUAACAGUUUACUUCCUGGGAUUGGUGAUGUAGACAAGACAGACAUUAUCAUAAUUCCUCCAGCUUUGACUCACAACCUGUAAGUUAACUUCUGUUAGCAUUGCAUUGUGACCGUAUCUUCCAAACAUGGUAAGGAGCGUCAUAUUUCCAGUUUACGUCAGAGGUAUUCAGACCAAUCACAACAUACAGAUUAGCUGACCAAUCAGGGACACAGCACUUUUCAGAUCAAUGAGUUUUGUAAAUGUGCGUUUCAGAAAGAGAAAGGAAAUGUGUGUAUGGAAAAUAACGUGUUUUAAUCAUAAACCACGUGAACACAUUGUAUUGUAGCAAGUACACAAAAUAACGUUGUUUUUAGAAAUUAAAUGGGUGCUCUUUAAGACUUCUGACAAAUAUAAGUAAUCCAUUUAUGCUUUGAAAAGACAAAGCACAAAUGGACUUAGAUGUUUCUUUUAGAAAGCAAUUGAAUACCAAAAGACCCCAGUAUCUCACCUGAGCUUUUACAAGAGUGUUCAAGUUUUCUAACAAAAUAGCAAGAUUUUUAAUAUGAACUCUAAAAUAUAUCAUCAAAAACGUAUCAAUUUUUCAAUCAUCUGAGCUAUGUCAUCCACAUUUAAUUGAUACAUUUACACUCUUAUUGUAUGACAACAAUUUUCUCUUUUCUGUUUUUAUUUCUCAUUUUAGAGAAAUAUCUGAUAAAUAUAAGAACAUUAUGUAUUUUAUGACAAUAACUAAAAACUGAAUGAAAGAGUAAAAUCUGUGCAAUAAAAUGUUGUACUGAUACAAAUUCUCA